AUGGGAGCCGUAGACCCGGGCCGGUGUGCGGGACCGUUGCAAGCUUGUCCCGGAACCCCCGACCACGUACCCACCGCCCCAGCCCCGCGCCUGGCCCGCAUGGAGCUGAGAGCAGGAGACUCUUGGGGCAUCUUCACCUUCCUGUGUGCCGCCCUCUGCAACCUGCCAGCGCUGCCAGCCCUGAACUGCAGCGAGGAGCUGGGCACCAGCCAGUCCAUCCAGAAGACCUACGACCUCACCCGCUACCUGGAGCACCAGCUCCGCACCCUGGCUGGCACCUACCUGAACUACCUUGGGCCACCCUUCAAUGAGCCUGACUUCAACCCCCCCCGGCUGGCCCGUGCCGAGCGGGUGCCCAGCGCCACGGUGGACUUGGACCUGUGGCGGGGCCUGACCGACAACGCCCGGCUGGCUGCCAACUACCGCGCCUACAGCCGGCUCCUCUGCUACCUGCGGGCGCUGGACGGGCAGGCGGGCACCGCCGAGCUGCGCCACCGCCUCGGCCACUUCUGCUCCAGCCUCCAGGGCUUGGUGCUCAGCAUCGCCGGCGUCAUGUCCUCCUUGGGCUACCCUCUGCCGGCUGGGCCGCUGGGGCCGCCGGCGCCUCCUGGCACCCCCGUGGCACCUAAUGACUUCCUGAAGAAGAUGGACGACUUCUGGUUGCUGAAGGAGCUGCAGACCUGGCUGUGGCGCUCGGCCAAGGACUUCAAUCGGCUCAAGAAGAAGGUGCCCCCGGCUGUGGUCACCCUGCGCCUGGAGGCGAGGGGGUUCUGA